CUUCUGCUCAAUUCAGGUCUGCUUCCGCUCAUCCACGUCCGCUUCUCCUGCUGCUUACUGCCGGCCCUUUCUCACUGCAUCCACACGCAUACAGCCACCACCAACACUAGCAAGAUGGGGUCAAGCCUCAUCGGCCCACGCAAUGCAUCCUCCGUCGCAUUCUUUACAGACACUUCACCACCCGCUACUUUACACUGUUCUUCUGCUCUGCAACUUUUAUUUACUUAUUCACUACGUACCGUUUCCGCUGCUCCGAGUGCUUCGGUGGGAUUUCCUGCCUGCCCAUGUGCGUCGGCUCUCAGGAGCUUUCCUGCUUCCCAGCAUCGGCUUUCUUACCUACCUACCUACGUCCUUACAUACCAGCAAGUGUUCAUAUGUAUGCGCCCUAUAAUACGGGCUGUAGAUGGAGAGGUGUUCGCAAUAGAAUCUGACAUAUAAAGGAA